AUGCCCAGAUCGACCGCUCCCAGCACAACCCGGAAGAUGUUAGCCUUAACCGCACAACGAAGAGGUUAUGCGAUGGCUGUCGAGGACACAAACAAGGGUGUAGAUCCAAAUGACUCUUUCCUCCAGGGUAACACCGCGUCCUAUAUUGAUGAGAUGUAUAUGGCGUGGAAGGAGGAUCCUUCCUCUGUCCACGUCUCAUGGCGAGCAUACUUCACUAACAUGGAGAAUGGCACCAUGCCUGUCUCAAGAGCUUUUCAACCUCCUCCAGGUCUCAUCUCAGAGUCUGGCAGUGAUGGACAGUAUACCCCUAGCACAAGCACAAGCACAAGCACUAGCCCUGGAGUUGGAAUGAGCACUGGCACCGAUGUUGGUGCCCACUUGAAGGUUCAGCUUCUCGUUCGCGCAUACCAGUCUCGAGGUCAUCACAAAGCAAAGACAGACCCUCUAGGUAUUAGGCGCGAGGCCGAGGAGUUUGGCUACACUAAACCUAAAGAGCUACAACUAAGCCAUUAUGGCUUCAGCGAGAAGGACCUCGAUACCGAGUUUGAACUAGGUCCCGGUAUCUUGCCCCGAUUCGCGAAGAACGAGGGUGAAAAAAUGUCCCUGCGUGAUAUUGUCAACGCUUGCGAAAAGACCUACUGCUCAUCCUACGGUGUUGAAUACAUCCACAUCCCUGAUCGAGAACAAUGCGACUGGAUUCGGGAUCGCAUCGAAGUACCACAACCUUUCAAGAACUCAGUAGAUGAUAAGAGACGGAUUCUGGACAGACUAAUCUGGUCCUCAAGCUUCGAGUCGUUUUUGGCCACCAAAUACCCUAAUGACAAGCGAUUCGGCUUAGAGGGCUGCGAAAGCUUGGUCCCAGGUAUGAAGGCUCUUAUUGAUCGAAGCGUCGACUACGGUGUCAAGGAUAUCGUUAUUGGUAUGCCACAUCGUGGAAGACUCAACGUUCUCAGCAACGUCGUCAGGAAGCCCAACGAAUCCAUCUUCUCCGAAUUCUCGGGUACUACUGAGUCCACCGAUGAAGGCUCUGGUGACGUGAAAUAUCAUCUGGGCAUGAACUUCGAACGUCCCACUCCCUCAGGAAAGCGUGUUCAGCUGUCUCUAGUGGCCAAUCCAUCGCAUCUCGAAGCCGAGGAUCCGAUCGUGCUUGGAAAAACACGUGCCAUCCAGCACUUCAACAAUGACGAAACCAAAUACGACACUGCAAUGGGUGUCCUACUUCACGGAGAUGCUGCCUUCGCCGGUCAAGGUGUUGUGUACGAGUCCAUGGGUCUCUACGCACUUCCUGCCUACUCCACGGGUGGUACAAUUCAUAUGGUCGUCAACAACCAGAUCGGCUUCACCACUGAUCCCCGCUUCUCACGUUCGACUCCAUAUUGUUCAGAUAUUGCCAAGGCUAUCGACGCUCCUGUCUUUCAUGUUAACGGUGAUGACGUUGAAGCCGUGAAUUUCAUCUGUCAGCUCGCCGCCGACUGGCGUGCUGAAUUCAAGAAGGAUUGUGUUAUCGACAUUGUCUGCUACAGAAAACAAGGUCACAACGAGACCGACCAGCCUUCGUUCACACAACCUCUCAUGUACAAGCGUAUUGCUGAACAGAAGCCGGUCCUCGACAAAUAUGUAGAUCAGCUACUUGGCGACAAGACGUUCACGAAAGAGGAUAUCGAUGAGCACAAGAAAUGGGUAUUAGGCAUGCUCAAUGACAGCUUCGAUCGAAGCAAAGACUAUCAACCUACUGGCAAAGAGUGGCUGACCUCAGCCUGGAAUGGUUUCAAAUCGCCCAAGGAGCUUGCCACCGAGGUAUUGCCGCAUCCACCCACGGGUGUGGACGCAUCUAUCCUGAAAAAGAUUGGCGAGAAAAUUGGUGGUGCACCCGAAGGCUUCACCGUGCACCGUAAUCUGAAACGUAUCCUUGCUGGUCGCAAGAAGGCUAUUGAUGAUGGCAAGGGCAUCGAUUGGGCUACCGGAGAAGCGCUGGCUUUCGGUACACUUGCGCUGGAAGGUCAUCACGUACGAGUAUCAGGCCAAGACGUCGAGAGAGGUACCUUCUCGCAGAGACAUGCUGUACUCCACGAUCAGGAAAAUGAAUCAACUUACGUACCACUGAGCAGUUUGGAGCCUGAUCAAGGACGAUUCGUCAUCACCAAUUCCUCUUUGAGUGAGUUUGGUGUGCUUGGGUUCGAAUAUGGCUACUCGUUGUCUUCACCAAACGCUUUGGUUAUGUGGGAGGCGCAGUUCGGUGACUUCGCCAACAAUGCGCAGUGUAUUAUUGACCAGUUCAUCGCUUCGGGUGAAGUCAAGUGGCUACAACGAUCUGGCCUGGUCUGUUCUCUACCACAUGGGUACGAUGGUCAAGGUCCUGAGCACUCUUCGGGCCGCGUCGAGCGAUAUCUGCAGCUGUGCAACGAAGAGCCGAGAAUCUUCCCAUCCCCAGAGAAGCUUGAUCGACAACAUCAAGACUGCAACAUGCAAGUUGCUUACAUGACUACACCAGCUAACCUCUUCCAUAUCCUUCGAAGACAAAUGAACAGGCAAUUCAGAAAGCCUCUCAUCCUUUUCUUUUCCAAGUCGCUGUUGCGUCACCCACUCUGCCGAUCAGACAUUGAGGAUUUCACUGGUGACUCUCAUUUCCAGUGGAUCAUUGAAGACCCAGAGCAUGGAAAGGGUAUCGUCGAGCAUGACCAGAUUGAACGUGUGAUCAUGGUCACUGGCCAAGCCUAUGUUGCCCUUCACAAAUACCGUGAAUCUCUAGGCGAAGAGGGCAAGAAGGUUGCCAUCACACGUAUCGAGCAACUCAACCCAUUCCCAUGGGCUCAACUGAGGGACAACCUCGACUCAUAUCCAAAUGCAAAGACCAUUGUGUGGUGUCAGGAAGAGCCGCUAAAUGCUGGUGCAUGGAGUUUUGUGCAGCCAAGAAUUGAGACAAUGUUGAACAGCACCGAACACCAUAACAGACGUCACGUCAUGUACGCUGGACGAGAUCCUAGUGCGUCCGUUGCAACCGGUCUGAAAGCCAGUCAUACCAGGGAGGAGAAGGCUCUCCUCGAGGAAGCGUUCACGGUAAAGCAGGACAAGUUGAAGGGUGAGUAG